GCGGAGCGGGAGCCCGGCUGGGAGGUGGCGGUGCGGCCGCUGCUCUCCGCCUCUUACACGGCCUUCGAAAUGCGCGAGCUGCCGCAGCUCUUGGCCUCGGUCAUCGAGAGUGAGUCUGAAAUCUUGCACCAUGACAAGCAAUACGAGCCUUUCUACUCGUCUUUUGUUGCGCUUGCAACGCACUACAUCACCACUGUGUGUGGACUGGUACCUAGAAAUCAGCUGCAGUCCGUGGCAGCUGCCUGCAAAGUCCUGAUUGAAUUCUCCCUGCUGCGACUUGAAAACCCCGAUGAGGCGUGCGCCGUUUCGCAGAAGCAUCUGAUCCUGCUCAUCAAGGGCCUUUGCACCGGCUGCAGCCGCCUGGACAGGACCGAAAUCAUCACGUUCACGGCGAUGAUGAAGUCGGCCAAGCUCCCCCAGACAGUGAAGACCCUCUCCGACGUGGAGGAUCAGAAGGAGCUGGCUUCUCCGGUCAGCCCCGAACUGCGGCAGAAGGAAGUGCAGAUGAACUUCCUCAACCAGCUGACCUCCGUCUUCAAUCCGAGAGUGGCGGCGACGUCUCCGAUGGCGCCACAGACCCCGGGAGAAGGUGAAAGCGACGACCAGACCUCUGCGGACCAGGCCUCUGCAGCCAAGACCAAGAGCAUAUUCAUUGCCCAGAACGUGGCCAGCUUGCAGGAACUGGGCGGCUCCGAAAAGCUGCUGCGAGUCUGCCUGAACCUCCCGUACUUCCUGCGCUACAUCAACCGCUUCCAGGAUGCCGUGUCCGCCAAUUCCUUCUUCAUCAUGCCGGCCACUGUGGCUGACGCCACCGCGGUCCGCAACGGGUUCCAUUCCCUGGUGAUUGACGUGACCAUGGCGCUGGACACCCUCUCCCUCCCUGUUCUGGAGCCGCUCACGCCCACACGGCUGCAGGACGUCACUGUUCUGGCGCUCAGCUGUCUCUAUGCAGGAGUGAGCGUGGCGACCUGCAUGGCCAUCCUGCACGUGGGCACCACCCAGCAAGUCCGCACUGGGUCCACGAGCUCCAAAGAAGAAGACUACGAAAAUGACGCAGCCACCAUUGUGCAGAAAUGCCUUGAAAUCUACGACAUGAUAGGCCUGGCCAUCAGCAGCUCGCGCCGUGCAGGUGGGGAGCACUACCAGAACUUCCAGCUGCUCGGUGCCUGGUGCUUGCUGAACAGCCUGUUCCUCAUCUUGAACCUCAGCCCCACAGCCCUGGCUGAUAAGGGGAAGGAGAAAGACCCCCUGGCCGCACUUCGGGUGCGGGAUAUCAUGGCUCGGUCCAAGGAGGGAGUGGGCUCUCCAAAGCUCGGACCUGGGAAAGGGCAUUUGGGUUUUGGCGUCUUAUCCGUGGUGCUGGCCAACCACGCCAUUAAGCUACUGACUUCCCUUUUUCAAGACCUGCAAGUAGAGGCACUUCACAAGGGGUGGGAGACAGACGGACCCCCGGCCGUGCUGAACGUCAUGGCCCAGAACACGUCGAUCCAGCGGAUCCAGAGGCUGAUUGAGUCGGUGCCCCUCACGAACCUGCUACUGACCUUGUUGUCCACGUCUUACAGAAAGGCUUGCGUAUUGCAGCGGCAACGGAAGGGUUCCAUGAGCAGUGACGUGAGCGCUUCCACAGACUCCAACACUUACUACGAGGACGAUUUCAGCAGCACCGAAGACAGCAGCCAGGAUGACGACAGCGAACCCAUCCUUGGCCAGUGGUUUGAGGAGACCAUCUCUCCGAGUAAAGAGAAGGCGGCCCCUCCUCCGCCACCCCCGCCGCCUCCCUUGGAGAGCUCCCCCCGCGUGAAAAGCCCCAACAAGCAGGCCGCGGGCGAAAACGGGAACAUCCUGGCCAGCCGCAAAGACCCAGAACUGUUCUUAAACCUGGCAUCCAACAUCCUCAACUUCGUGACUUCCUCCAUGCUGGACUCGAGGAAUAAUUUCAUCCGCAACUACUUGAGCGUUUCCCUGACGGAGCAGCACAUGGCCACGCUGGCCGGCAUCAUCAAAGAAGUGGACAAGGAUGGCCUCAAAGGUACCUCAGAAGAGGAGGAAUUUGCAGCAGCGCUGUACCACUUCAACCACUCUUUGGUGACCUCCGAUCUCCAGUCCCCUACCUUGCAGAGCACCCUCCUGCAGCAGCUGGGGGUGGCCCCCUUCUCGGAAGGCCCGUGGCCCCUCUACAUCCACCCUCAGAGCUUGUCCGUGCUCUCCCGGCUUCUCCUCAUCUGGCAGCACAAAGCCAGCUCCCAGGGAGACCCCGACGUGCCGGAAUGCCUGAAAGUGUGGGAGAGGUUUGUGGGCACCCUGAAGCAAAACGCCAUGCAGGGGACUCUCCCCGGCGACACGGAGGACCUGAACGUGGAGCAGCUGCAGCUGUUGCUGCUGAUCUUCCACAGCUUCUCGGACAAAGGCCGGCGCUCCGUCUUGACCCUCUGCAUCCAGACCAUCCUGGAGCUGACCGCCAACCUGGACUCCCAGCUGCGCUGCGUCCCUCUCCUGCUGGCCCGCCUGCUCUUGGUCUUCGACUACUUGCUGCACCAGUAUUCGAAGGUUCCGGUGUAUUUGUUCGAACAGGUGCAGUACAACCUCCUCACCCCGCCCAUCGUCUGGGCGAGCGGGUCCCAGGAUGGCGGCCGGCGAACCGCUUCCCCGCUCUACCACGGUUUCAAGGAAGUGGAAGAAAACUGGGCCAAGCACUGCUCCUCAGACGCAGCUCCUCAGCCUAGAUUCUACUGCAUCCUCUCACCGGAAGCAUCUGAAGACGACCUGAACCGUCUCGAUAACACGGUGUGCGAGGUCCUGUUCUCCAAGGCCAGCAAAUACGACGACCUGUACUCGGCUCUUGCUUCGCUGCUGGCAGCCGGUUCCCAGUUUGACACCCUCCGCAGGAAGGAGAACAAAAACGUGACAGCGCUGGAGGCCUGCGCGCUUCAGUACUAUUUCUUGAUCCUGUGGCGGAUCCUGGGCAUUUUGCCUCCCUCCAAGAGCUACAUGAAUCAGCUGGCCAUGAACAGCCCUGAGAUGAGUGAGUGUGACAUCCUCCAUACGCUGCGCUGGUCUUCCCGGUUGCACAUCUCCUCCUACGUCACCUGGAUCAAGGAUCACCUCGUCAAGCAGGGCAUGAAACCCGAGCACGCCACUUCCCUUGUCGAGCUGACCUCUGCCAAGUGCAGCUCCGUGAAAUACGAUGUGGAAAUUGCCGAGGAAUACUUUGCUCGCCAGAUCUCGUCUUUCUGUGGCAUCGACUGCACCACGAUCCUUCAGCUCCACGAAAUCCCCAGCUUGCAGUCCAUUUACACCCUGGAUGCGGCCAUUUCCAAAGUCCAGGUCUCCCUCGACGAGCACUUCUCCAAGCUGGCCGCCGAGACCGACCCACGCAAGUCGUCCGAGAUCACCAAGAACCUGCUGCCGGCCACCUUGCAGCUGAUCGACACCUACGCCACCUUCACCAGGUCUUACUUGCUGCAGAGCCUCGGCGAGGAGGGCACCGCCGAGAACAAGCCAACCGAUGAGAAGUUGCAGGGAUGUGCCGCCGUCCUGGCCAUCGGCUCUGGACGAUGCAAGUCCAACACUCUAGGACCGGCUCUCGUCCAGAACUUGCCUUCGGCUGUACAGUCCCUGUGCGAAUCGUGGAACAACAUCCACACCAACGAAUUCCCAAACAUUGGCUCAUGGCGCAACGCUUUUGCGAACGACACCAUCCCGGCCGAGAGCUACAUCAGCGCGGUUCAGGCCGCCCACCUCGGCACCCUCUGCAGCCAGAGCCUCCCUCUCGCGGCCUCCUUAAAGCGCAGCCUCUUGUCCUUGGUCCGGCUCACCGGGGACCUCGUGGUUUGGUCGGACGAGCUGAACCCGCCGCAGGUGAUCCGCACCCUGCUCCCCUUGCUCUUGGAGACCAGCACGGAGAGCGUGGCGGAGAUCAGCAGCAACUCCCUGGAGCGGAUCCUGGGUCCGGCGGAGUCGGAUGAGUUCCUGUCGCGGGUCUACGAGAAGCUGAUCAUGGGCUGUUACAACAUCCUAGCCAAUCACUCUGACCCCAACAGCGGCCUCGAUGAAUCCAUCUUGGAGGAGUGUCUGCAGCAUCUGGAGAAACAGCUGGAAAGCAGCCAGGCCCGGAAAGCCAUGGAAGAGUUCUUCUCCGAGAGCGGGGAGCUGGUCCAGAUCAUGAUGGUGACGGCCAACGAAAGCCUCUCCGCCAAGUUCUGCAACAGAGUUCUGAAGUUCUUCACCAAGCUCUUCCAGCUGACUGAGAAGAGCCCCAAUCCCAGCCUCCUCCGCCUGUGCGGCUCCCUGGCCCAGCUGGCGUGCGUGGAGCCGGCGCGGCUGCAGGCCUGGCUGACCCGGAUGACCACCUCGCCCCCGAAGGAGUCCGACCAGCUGGAGGUGGUGCAGGAGAACCGGCAGCUGCUCCAGCUGCUGACGACCUACAUCGUCCGGGAGAACAGCCAAGUGGGCGAAGGCGCCUGCACCGUCCUCCUGAGCACCCUCGUCCCCAUGGCCACGGAGAUGCUGGCGAACGGCGACGGGACGGGCUUUCCCGAGCUCAUGGUCGUCAUGGCCACCCUGGCCAGCGCCGGGCAAGGGGCCGGCCACCUGCAGCUUCACAGCGCCGCGCUCGAUUGGCUGGGGAGAUGCAAGAAAUACUUGUCUCAGAAGAACGUCGUUGAGAAAAUGAACGCCAACGUUAUGCACGGCAAGCACGUGACUAUUCUGGAGUGCACCUGCCACAUCGUCUCCUACCUGGCUGACGUCACCAACGCGCUGAGCCAGACGGGCGGCCAGGGCCCCAGCCACCUCUCGGUCGACGGAGAGGAGCGCGCUAUCGAAGUGGACUCGGAUUGGGUGGAAGAGCUGGCCGUGGAGGAGGAGGACUCGCAGGCUGAAGACUCGGACGAGGACUCCCUCUGCAACAAGCUUUGUACGUUCACCAUCACGCAGAAAGAAUUCAUGAACCAACACUGGUACCACUGCCACACCUGCAAGAUGGUCGACGGCGUCGGCGUCUGCACCGUGUGCGCGAAGGUUUGCCACAAAGACCACGAGAUCUCGUACGCCAAAUACGGCUCGUUCUUUUGUGACUGCGGAGCAAAGGAGGAUGGCAGCUGCCUGGCCUUGGUGAAAAGGACGCCCAGCAGCGGCAUGAGCUCCACCAUGAAGGAGUCGGCCUUCCGGAGCGAGCCCCGGGUGCCCGAGAGCGUCAUCCGGCACUCCAGCACCUCCCCCACCGACAAGCCCAAGGUCUCCAUCAACGACGGGCGCGGGCCGGACGAGGAGCAGCCCAAGAAGAGCAGCCUGUGUCGGGACGUGGAGGGCUGCCGGGAGCAGCUGCAGUCCCAGGCCAACUUCUCCUUUGCCCCUCUGGUGCUGGAUAUGCUGAACUUCCUCAUGGAGGCCAUUCAGGUCAACUUCCAGCAGGCCUCGGCCAUGGGCAGCAGCAGCCGGGCCCAGCAGGCCCUCAACGAGCUGCACACCCUGGACAAGACGGUGGAGAUGACGGACCAGCUGAUGGUGCCAACGCUGGGCUCCCAAGAAGGCGCUUUCGAGAACGUCCGCAUGAACUACAGCGGGGACCAGGGCCAAACCAUCCGGCAGCUGAUCAGCGCCCACGUCCUGCGGCGGGUGGCCAUGUGCGUGCUCUCCUCGCCCCACGGGCGCCGCCAGCACCUGGCCGUCAGCCACGAGAAGGGCAAGAUCACGGUGUUGCAGCUCUCUGCUUUGCUUAAGCAAGCGGAUUCCAGCAAGCGGAAGCUGACCCUCACGCGCCUCGCCUCCGCCCCAGUUCCCUUCACCGUGCUGAGCCUUACGGGGAACCCCUGCAAAGAGGACUACUUGGCCGUCUGUGGGCUGAAGGACUGCCACGUCCUCACCUUCAGCAGCUCCGGCUCCGUUUCUGAUCACUUGGUGCUUCACCCCCAGCUCGCCACGGGCAACUUCAUCAUUAAAGCCGUGUGGCUGCCGGGAUCUCAGACUGAGCUGGCCAUCGUCACGGCGGACUUUGUGAAGAUUUACGACCUCUCCGUGGACGCCUUGAGCCCAACUUUCUACUUCCUGCUGCCGAGCUCCAAGAUCAGGGACAUCGCUUUCCUCUUCAACGAAGAGGGCAAAAACAUCGUGGUCAUCAUGUCCUCGGCCGGCUACAUCUACACACAGCUCAUGGAAGAAGCCAGCAGCGCCCAGCACGGCCCUUUCUACGUCACCAACGUCCUUGAAAUUACCCACGAGGACCUGAAGGAUAGCAACGGGCAAGUCGCCGGAGGCGGCGUCUCCGUCUAUUACUCCCACGUCCUGCAGAUGCUCUUCUUCAGUUACUGCCAAGGCAAGUCCUUUGCGGCCACCAUCAGCCGAGCCACGCUGGAGGUGACGCGCCUCUUCCCCAUCAACAUCAAAAGCUCCAACGGCGGCAGCAAGACCUCCCCGGCGCUCUGCCAAUGGUCGGAGGUGAUGAACCACCCGGGCCUGGUGUGCUGCGUGCAACAGACCACGGGCAUUCCUCUGGUGGUGAUGGUGAAGCCGGACACUUUCCUGAUCCAGGAAAUCAAAACCUUGCCGGCUAAAGCCAAGAUCCAGGACAUGGUGGCCAUCCGCCACACGGCCUGCAACGAACAGCAGCGGACCACCAUGAUCCUCCUGUGUGAAGAUGGCAGCCUGCGGAUCUACAUGGCGAAUGUGGAGAACACCUCCUACUGGCUCCAGCCCUCGCUCCAGCCCAGCAGCGUCAUCAGCAUCAUGAAGCCGGUCCGCAAGCGCAAAGCGGCUGCCAUCAGUAAGUCGCUGCAAGCAACCCGCACCUCCACCCAGGUGAACUUCCCCAUAGACUUCUUUGAGCACAACCAGCAGCUGACGGACGUGGAGUUUGGCGGCAAUGACCUCCUGCAGGUCUACAACGCCCAGCAGAUCAAACAUCGGCUCAACUCCACCGGCAUGUACGUGGCCAACACCAAGCCCGGCGGCUUCACCAUCGAGGUGACCAACAACAACAGCACCAUGGUGAUGACCGGCAUGAGAGUCCAGAUCGGGACUCAAGCCAUUGAACGGGCCCCGUCCUACCUGGAGAUCUUUGGCCGCACCAUGCAGCUCAACCUGAGCCGGCCGCGGUGGUUUGACUUCCCCUUCACCCGAGAAGAGGCCCUGCAGGCUGACAAGAAGCUGACCAUCUUCGUUGGUGCAUCUGUGGACCCUGCCGGCGUCACCAUGCUGGACGCCAUCAAGAUCUACGGCAAGACGAAGGAGCAGUUUGGCUGGCCAGAUGAGCCUCCCGAGGACUUCCCGUCAGCGUCAGUGAGCAACGUCUGCCCUCCCAACCUGAAUCAGGGGAACGGGACCGGAGACACGGAAUCGGCUACCCCGGUGGUCGCUAGCGGCACCGUUCUCGAGAGUUCUGAAAUUGAGUCCUUAACCACCCUGGACCGGCUAGUAGUGAGUUCUUUAGAAGCUCUGGAAAGCUGCUUUGCCGUCGGACCAGUCAGCGAGAAGGAGAAGAGCAAGGCUGCUGCCCAGGAGUUGGCCACCAUGCUCCUGUCAACACCGGCCCCCUCCAGCGUCCAGCAGCAGACCAAGAGCCUCCUAGCCAGCCUCCACACCAGCCGCUCGGCGUACCACAACCACAAGGAUCAGGCCUUGCUGAGCAAAGCCAUCCAGUACCUGAGCGCCUCGAGCAAAGAGGGGAAAGACCUCGACCCGGAGGUCUUCCAGAGGUUGGUCAUCACCGCCCGCUCCAUCGCCAUCAUGAGGCCCAAUAACCUGGUCCAUUUCACUGAGUCGAAGCUGCCGCAGGUGGAAGCAGAAGGCAGCGAAGAAGGACAAGAGGCCCAGAAGAAUGCGGAAGGCGAAGGCUGCAGUUUUAUUACUCAGCUGGUCGAUCACUUCUGGAAGCUCCACGCGUCGAAACCCAAAAAUGCCUUCCUGGCCCCCGCUUGUUUGCCAGGCCUGACCCACGUCGAAGCCACCGUCAACGCCCUGGUGGAUAUCAUCCAUGGCUAUUGCACCUGCGAGCUGGAUUGCAUCAAUACAGCCUCCGAAAUUUACAUGCAGAUGUUGCUGUGCCCGGACCCUGCCGUGAGCUUCUCCUGCAAGCAAGCGUUGAUCCGCGUGCUGAGGCCCAGGAACAAGCGGAGACACGUGACGUUGCCGUCUUCUCCUCGGAGCAACACCCCAAUGGGAGAUAAAGACGAUUAUGACGACGACGAUGCUGAUGAAAAGAUGCAGAGCUCCGGGAUACCGAACGGCGAAGACAUCCGGCAAGAAAGCCGGGAACAAAGCGAAGUGGACCACGGGGACUUUGAGAUGGUGUCCGAAUCGAUGGUCCUGGAGACGGCCGAGAGCGUGAACAACGGCAACCCCUCUCCGUUGGAAGCUCUCCUGGCGGGCGCCGAGGGCUUCCCCCCUAUGCUGGACAUCCCCCCAGACGCUGACGACGAAACCAUGGUGGAGCUGGCCAUUGCUCUCAGCCUGCAGCAAGACCAGCAAGGGAGUAGCAGCAGCGCGCUCGGCUUGCAGAGCCUGGGGCUGUCCGGCCAAGCUCCCAGCUCUUCCUCUCUCGACGCCGGGACGCUUUCGGACACCACCGCAUCAGCUUCUGACGAUGAGGGCAGCACCGCGGCCACGGACGGCUCCACCCUCCGGACCUCCCCGGCCGACCACGGUGGCAGCGUGGGCUCAGAGAGCGGCGGCAGCGCCGUGGAUUCGGUGGCCGGCGAGCACAGCGUCUCUGGACGCAGCAGCGCCUACGGCGACACCACAGCCGAGGGCCACCCCGCCGGGCCGGGCAGUGUCAGCUCCAGCACGGGUGCCAUCAGCACCACCACGGGGCAGCAAGAGGGCGAAGGGUCCGAAGGCGAGGCCGACGGGGAGGCAGAAGGAGACGUCCACGCGAGCAACAGGCUGCACAUGGUCCGUCUGAUGCUGCUGGAGAGGCUACUCCAGACCCUUCCCCAGCUGAGGAACGUGGGCGGGGUCCGCGCCAUCCCUUACAUGCAGGUGAUUCUGAUGCUGACGACUGACUUAGACGGGGACGACGAGAAGGACAAGGGCGCGCUGGAUAACCUCCUCGCCCAGCUCAUUGCGGAACUGUGCAUGGAUAAGAAGGACGUGUCCAAGAAAAACGAGCGUACCGCCCUGAACGAAGUCCACUUGGUGAUCAUGAGGCUGCUCAGCGUCUUCAUGUCCCGAACCAAGUCGGGAUCCAAGUCAUCCAUUUGCGAGUCCUCCUCCCUCAUCUCCAGCGCGACGGCGGCGGCUUUGCUGAGUUCCGGCGCGGUGGACUACUGCCUCCACGUCUUGAAAUCCCUCUUGGAAUACUGGAAGAGCCAGCAGAACGACGAGGAGCCGGUGGCCACCAGCCAGCUGCUGAAACCCCACACCAGCUCCUCCCCGCCGGACAUGAGUCCUUUCUUCCUGCGGCAGUACGUCAAGGGCCACGCUGCAGACGUCUUCGAGGCUUACACCCAGCUCUUGACGGAGAUGGUGCUACGGCUUCCCUACCAGAUCAAGAAGAUCGCCGACACCAACUCCCGCAUCCCCCCGCCGGUCUUCGACCAUUCCUGGUUCUACUUCCUGUCGGAGUACCUGAUGAUCCAACAGACCCCCUUCGUUCGCCGUCAAGUCCGCAAACUCCUGCUCUUCAUCUGCGGCUCCAAGGAGAAGUACCGCCAGCUGCGGGACCUGCACACCCUGGACUCCCACAUCCGGGGGAUCAAAAAGCUCCUGGAGGAACAAGGCAUCUUCCUGCGGGCCAGCGUGGUCACGGCCAGCUCAGGGUCAGCCCUGCAGUAUGACACGCUCAUCAAUCUGAUGGAACACCUGAAGGCUUGUGCAGAAAUCGCCACGCAGCGGACGGUGAACUGGCAGAAGUUCUGCAUUAAAGACGACUCUGUUCUCUACUUCCUGCUGCAAGUCAGCUUCCUGGUGGACGAGGGCGUGUCGCCCGUCCUCCUGCAGCUGCUCUCCUGCGCCCUGUGCGGCAGCAAAGUCCUCUCGGCCGCGUCCUCCUCCGGAUCCUCGAGCACGUCUGCCUCCACAGGGACUGGGCAGCCAGCCGGGCAGAGCAAGUCCUCCGCCAAGAAGAGCAAGAAGGAAGACAAGGAGAAAGACCGAGAGGGAGAAGGGUCCUCAGGCAGCCAGGAAGAUCAGCUCUGCACGGCCCUGGUGAACCAGCUGAACAAGUUCGCCGACAAGGAGACCCUGAUUCAGUUCCUGCGCUGCUUCUUGCUGGAGUCCAACUCCUCGUCGGUCCGGUGGCAGGCCCACUGCCUGACGCUGCACAUCUACAGGAACUCCAACAAGUCCCAGCAAGAGCUGCUGCUGGAUCUCAUGUGGUCGAUCUGGCCGGAGCUCCCAGCCUACGGGCGGAAAGCUGCUCAGUUUGUGGAUCUCCUGGGUUACUUCUCUCUGAAAACGCAGCAGACCGAGAAAAAGCUCAAGGAAUAUUCCCAGAAGGCUGUUGAGAUCCUCCGGAUGCAAAACCACAUCCUCACCAACCACCCCAACUCAAAUAUUUAUAACACCCUCUCCGGCCUGGUGGAAUUUGACGGCUACUACUUGGAGAGCGACCCCUGCCUCGUUUGCAACAACCCGGAAGUGCCGUUCUGCUACAUCAAGCUCUCCUCCAUCAAAGUCGACACCCGCUACACCACCACCCAGCAGGUGGUGAAGCUGAUUGGCAGCCACACCAUCAGCAAAGUGACUGUGAAGAUCGGCGACCUGAAGCGCACCAAGAUGGUCCGGACCAUCAACCUCUACUACAACAACCGGACGGUGCAGGCCAUCGUGGAGCUGAAGAACAAACCGGCCCGUUGGCAUAAAGCCAAGAAGGUGCAGCUCACCCCGGGCCAGACAGAGGUGAAGAUUGAUCUUCCGUUGCCCAUCGUCGCUUCCAACCUGAUGAUCGAGUUUGCGGACUUCUACGAGAACUACCAGGCCUCCACGGAGACCUUGCAGUGCCCGCGGUGCAGCGCCUCCGUCCCGGCCAACCCCGGAGUCUGCGGCAACUGUGGCGAAAAUGUCUACCAGUGCCACAAGUGCAGGUCGAUCAAUUACGACGAGAAGGACCCCUUCCUCUGCAACGCCUGCGGCUUCUGCAAAUACGCCCGCUUUGACUUCAUGCUGUACGCCAAGCCCUGCUGCGCCGUGGAUCCCAUCGAGAACGAGGAGGACAGGAAGAAGGCGGUGACCAACAUCAACACCCUCCUGGACAAGGCCGACCGAGUCUACCACCAGCUCAUGGGCCACAGGCCUCAGCUGGAGAACCUCCUGUGCAAAGUGAACGAGGCGGCGCCCGAGAAGCCCCAGGACGACUCCGCCGGCGGCGGCGGCGGCAUCAGCUCCACCUCUGCCAGCGUCAACCGCUACAUCCUGCAACUGGCGCAGGAGUACUGCGGUGACUGCAAGAAUUCUUUCGACGAACUCUCCAAGAUCAUCCAGAAAGUCUUUGCCUCCCGGAAGGAGCUCCUGGAAUACGACCUUCAGCAGCGGGAAGCGGCGAGCAAGUCCUCGCGCUCCGCCGUGCAGCCCACCUUCACCGCCAGCCAGUACCGCGCCCUCUCCGUCCUGGGCUGCGGCCACACCUCUUCCACCAAGUGCUACGGGUGUGCCUCGGCCGUCACCGAGCACUGCAUCACCCUGCUCCGCGCCCUGGCCACCAACGCCGCCAUCCGCCACAUCCUCGUCUCCCAGGGCCUCAUCCGAGAGCUGUUCGAUUACAACCUGCGCCGGGGCGCGGCCACCAUGCGGGAGGAGGUCCGCCAGCUCAUGUGCCUGCUCACCAGAGACAACCCGGAAGCCACCCAGCAGAUGAACGACCUCAUCAUCAGCAAGGUCUCCGCGGCUCUGAAGGGGCACUGGGCGAAUCCUGACCUGGCCAGCAGCCUCCAGUACGAGAUGCUGCUGCUGACCGACUCCAUCUCCAAGGAAGACAGCUGUUGGGAGCUGAGGUUGCGUUGCGCUCUUAGCCUCUUCCUGAUGGCAGUGAACAUCAAGACGCCGGUGGUGGUGGAAAACAUCACCCUGAUGUGCCUGCGGAUCCUGCAGAAGCUGAUCAAGCCGCCGGCUCCGACCAGCAAGAAGAACAAGGACAGCCCCGUCGACUCCUUGACCACCGUGAAGCCGUACAGCAACGAAAUCCACGCUCAGGCCCAGUUGUGGCUCAAGAGAGACCCCAAAGCUUCGUAUGAGGCUUGGAAGAAAUGCCUCCCGGCCCGAGGCAUCGAGGCCGAUGGGAAAUCCCCCAGCCGGACGGAGCUUCGUCACCUUUACCUGACCGAAAAGUACACCUGGAAGUGGAAGCAGUACAUGAGCAGGCGAGGGAAGAGGACGUGCCCCCUGGAUCUCAAACUGGGGCACAACAAUUGGUUGCGCCAGGUCUUGUUUACACCUGCCACUCAGGCCGCCCGGCAGGCGGCCUGCACCAUCGUCGAAGCUCUGGCCACCAUUCCCAGCCGGAAGCAGCAAGUCCUCGAUCUCCUUACCAGUUACCUGGAUGAGCUGAGCGUGGCGGGUGAGUGUGCGGCCGAGUACCUGGCCCUCUACCAGAAGCUCAUCAAGCCCGCCCGCUGGAAAGUCUACCUGGCAGCACGCGGGGUCCUGCCUUACGUCGGCAACCUCAUCACCAAGGAAAUCGCCCGUCUCCUCGCCCUGGAGGAGGCCACGCUCAGCACUGACCUGCAGCAGGGAUACGCCUUGAAAAGCAUCACAGGCCUCCUCUCCUCCUUCGUGGAGGUCGAAUCCAUCAAGCGGCACUUCAAGAGCCGCCUGGUGGGGACGGUGCUGAACGGCUACCUGUGCCUGCGGAAGUUGGUGGUGCAGCGGACCAAGCUGAUCGACGAGACCCAGGACAUGCUGCUGGAGAUGUUGGAGGACAUGACGACAGGCACGGAAUCCGAAACCAAGGCCUUCAUGGCGGUGUGCAUUGAAACGGCCAAGCGGUACAGCCUGGACGACUACCGGACGCCCGUCUUCAUUUUCGAACGGCUUUGCAGCAUUAUCUAUCCGGAAGAGAACGAAGUGACGGAGUUCUUCGUCACGCUGGAGAAAGACCCUCAGCAGGAGGACUUCCUCCAGGGGCGCAUGCCGGGGAACCCUUACAGCAGCAACGAGCCAGGCAUCGGGCCGCUGAUGCGAGACAUCAAGAACAAGAUCUGCCAGGAUUGCGACCUGGUGGCUCUCUUGGAGGACGACAGCGGGAUGGAGCUUUUGGUGAACAACAAGAUCAUCAGCCUGGAUCUCGCGGUGGCCGAGGUUUACAAGAAAGUCUGGUGCCCAACCAACGAGGGAGAGCCGAUGAGGAUCAUUUACCGCAUGCGAGGGCUGCUGGGAGACGCGACGGAAGAGUUCAUUGAGUCGCUGGACUCCACUACAGCCUCUUUCUUCUCCACAGAUGAAGAGGAGGAUGAGGAAGAGGUGUACAAGAUGGCUAGCGUGAUGGCGCAGUGCGGAGGCCUGGGCUGCAUGCUGAACCGCCUGACGGGCAUCAAGGACUUCAAGCAGGGCCGGCACCUCCUGACGGUGCUGCUGAAACUCUUCAGCUACUGCGUCAAAGUGAAGGUCAACCGCCAGCAGCUGGUCAAGCUGGAGAUGAACACCCUCAACGUCAUGCUGGGGACGCUGAACCUGGCGCUGGUGGCUGAGCAGGAGAGCAAAGACAGCGGCGGCGCGGCGGUGGCCGAGCAAGUGCUCAGCAUCAUGGAGAUCAUCCUGGACGAGUCCAACGCGGAGCCGCUGAGCGAGGACAAGGGCAACCUCCUCCUCACGGGUGACAAGGACCAGCUGGUCAUGCUCCUGGACCAGAUCAACAGCACCUUCGUCCGCUCCAACCCCAGCGUCCUGCAGGGCCUGCUGCGCAUCAUCCCCUACCUGUCCUUCGGCGAGAUGGAGAAGAUGCAGAUCCUGGUGGACCGCUUCAAGCCCUACUGCACCUUCGACAAGUAUGACGAGGAGCACAGCGGGGACGACAGGGUCUUCCUGGACUGUUUCUGCAAAAUAGCGGCUGGGAUCAAGAACAACACCAACGGGCACCUCCUGAAAGACCUCAUCUUGCAGAAGGGCAUCACCCAGAACGCCCUGGACUACAUGAAGAAGCACAUCCCCAGCGCCAAGAAUUUGGACGCCGACGUGUGGAAGAAGUUCUUGUCUCGUCCGGCUCUCCCUUUCAUUCUCCGGCUGCUCCGAGGGCUGGCCACGCAGCACCCCGCCACGCAGGUACUGAUUGGGAACGACUCCAUCACCAACCUGCACAAGCUGGAGCAAGUCUCCAGCGACGAAGGGAUCGGGACCCUGGCCGAGAACCUGCUGGAGGCGCUGCGGGAGCACCCGGAUGUCAACAAGAAGAUCGACGCGGCACGGAGGGAGACGCGGGCCGAGAAGAAGCGCAUGGCCAUGGCCAUGCGCCAGAAGGCCCUGGGCACCCUCGGCAUGACGACCAACGAGAAGGGCCAGGUGGUGACCAAGACCGCGCUGUUGAAACAGAUGGAGGAGUUGAUAGAAGAGCCCGGCCUGACCUGUUGCAUCUGUCGGGAAGGCUACAAGUUCCAGCCAACCAAAGUCCUGGGCAUCUACACCUUCACCAAGCGUGUCGCCUUGGAGGAGUUUGAGAACAAGCCCCGGAAACAGCAAGGUUACAGCACCGUCUCCCACUUCAACAUCGUCCACUACGACUGUCACCUGGCAGCGGUCAGGUUGGCACGCGGGCGCGAGGAAUGGGAGAGCGCGGCCCUGCAGAACGCCAACACCAAGUGCAACGGCCUCUUGCCCGUUUGGGGGCCGCACGUGCCGGAAUCGGCUUUCGCCACCUGCUUAGCCAGGCACAACACCUACCUUCAGGAGUGCACGGGACAGCGGGAGCCCACGUACCAGCUCAACGUCCACGACACCAAGCUGCUCUUCCUCCGCUUCGCCAUGGAGCAGUCGUUCAGCGUGGACACGGGCGGCGGCGGGCGGGAGAGCAACGUCCACCUCAUCCCCUACAUCAUCCACACGGUGCUUUACGUCCUCAACACGACGCGGGCCACCUCCCGGGAGGAAAAGAACCUCCAGGGCUUCCUGGAGCACCCGAAGGAGAAGUGGGUGGAGAGUGCCUUCGAGGUGGACGGGCCCCACUACUUCACCGUGCUGGCGCUUCACGUCUUGCCCCCGGAGCGGUGGAAAGCCAUGCGCGUCGACAUCCUGAAACGGCUGCUGGUCAUCGCCCACGCGCGGGGGGUGUCGCCGGGGGGAGCGAGCAGGCUGACGGAUAAAGCAGUGAAGGACUACUCUGCCUAUCGCUCUGGCCUCCUCUUCUGGGCCCUUGUGGAUCUUAUUUACAACAUGUUCAAAAAGGUGCCUGCCAGCAACACAGAGGGGGGCUGGUCCUACUCCCUGGCAGAAUACAUCCGCCACAACGACAUGCCCAUCCACGAGGCGGCCGACAAGGCUCUGAAGACCUUCCAGGAGGAGUUCAUGCCUGUGGAGACCUUCUCGGAAUUUCUGGACGUGGCUGGGCUGUUGUCCGACAUCAGCGACCCCGACGGCUUCCUCAAGGACCUCCUCAACUCCAUCCCCUGAGCCACCCUGUUCGGAGCGGCAAUGUGAAGAGACCACGGCGAGCUUGCCUCCGGUCGUCCCCCUGUAUCCUGUCCCCAAGGAGUGCUGCAUUUACUUUAUCUCCGGUUCCCCCCUUUCCUCCUCUUCACGUUCCCCCACCUUAUCCUCAGCCCUGAUCUUGGAGUGAUGUUGGAUUUUGGCUUGUCCUCCCCCCCACUUCCCCCUCUUUGCUUCUCAACAUUCUGCCUUGCGUGCUCUGAGCCACGGAAGGAGCGCGCGAGGACUCCGGGAAACGCAAGCCGGCCCCAGUCACUUUUACUGCUUCUGUGUGUGUGACCAUUUUACCAGUCAAUAAAUAAGUUAAAUACAAA